GUAGUUGGCGUAGUUAGUCUAAGAAGAUGGCGGACGGGGCCACUGUGGAUGGGGAGAAACUCAGUAAAAAGUUGGCUCUUGACUGAUUCGGUAAAUUAGCCUCGUCCAGCAUGUGGACUCUGGUCAGAGUUGCCAGACAGCAGUUGUGCCAUGCUGUUGGGUUCAGGGCACAGAGAUCAAAGCUUGCCAGCCCAGUAGCCAUGCCUGUGCUUAUUCAGGGGAAUCGCUGGCAUGGUGACAAAAGUGAGCUGAAAAGGCGCAUGAAAGCUGAGAAGAAAGCUGCUGAGAAGGAAGCCAAGGUCAAAGAACAGCUGGAGCAAAAAAAGGAGACCAAUGACAAGCAAGAGCACAAUAUCUUUGGAGCUGAUGAGGAGUCUCUGGAUCCCAAUCAAUACUUCAAGAUCCGGACACAAGCCAUCCAAGCACUGAAAGGUAGCUCUGAAGACCCCUACCCUCACAAGUUCCAUGUGGAUCUGUCACUCACGGAGUUCCUUGAGAGAUACAACCACUUACAGCCUGGGGAUCAGCUGACUGACGUUGUCCUCAAUGUCGCUGGUCGAAUCCAUGCCAAGAGAGCCUCAGGUUCCAAGCUGCUGUUCUAUGAUCUCAGAGGAGAGGGUGUCAAGCUACAAGUGAUGGCUAACUCCAAGAGUUACAAAUCAGAGGAAGAGUUCUUAAAAAUCAACACCAGGUUAAGACGGGGGGACAUCAUUGGUGUUCGUGGUAAUCCUGGAAAGACAAAGAAGGGGGAGUUAAGCAUUAUCCCAAUAGAGCUGACCUUGCUAUCUCCAUGUUUGCACAUGCUUCCUCACCUCCACUUUGGCCUUAAGGACAAAGAAACAAGAUUCCGUCAGCGAUACUUGGACCUUAUUCUCAAUGACUUCGUGAGACAGAAGUUUGUGACUCGUGCCAAGAUUAUCACUUACUUGCGAAACUUUUUGGAUCAGCUUGGCUUCCUUGAGAUUGAGACUCCAAUGAUGAAUGUGAUACCUGGUGGAGCAGUGGCACGACCCUUUAUCACCUAUCAUAAUGAGCUGGACAUGAACCUGUACAUGAGGAUUGCCCCUGAACUGUAUCACAAGAUGUUAGUGGUCGGAGGCAUUGACCGUGUCUAUGAAGUUGGACGCCAGUUUAGAAAUGAAGGCAUCGACCUCACCCACAACCCAGAGUUCACUACCUGCGAGUUCUACAUGGCCUAUGCAGAUUAUAACGACCUGAUGGAGAUCACAGAGAAACUGCUGUCUGGAAUGGUGAAGCACAUUACUGGAGGUUAUAAGGUGACAUAUCAUCCUGAUGGUCCUGAGGGGCAGGCCUAUGAAUUAGACUUCACUCCCCCCUUCAGAAGGAUUAGCAUGGUUGCAGAACUGGGGAAGGAGUUAGGGGUGAAGAUGCCGCCAACUGACUCAUUUGACAGUGAUGAAACACGAAAGUUCUUGGAUGACCUGUGUGCCCAGAAAGGAGUUGAAUGCCCUCCUCCCAGAACAACCGCUCGUCUCUUAGAUAAGUUAGUGGGAGACUUCCUGGAGGUCAAAUGUAUUAACCCAACUUUCAUCUGUGACCAUCCACAAAUCAUGAGUCCUCUUGCAAAAUGGCAUAGAUCACAGAAGGGACUGACGGAGCGAUUUGAGCUCUUUGUUAUGAAGAAGGAGAUUUGCAAUGCCUACACAGAGUUGAACGACCCUAUCAGACAAAGAGAGCUGUUUGAGCAGCAGGCAAAGGCCAAGGCAGAGGGUGAUGAUGAGGCAAUGUUUAUUGAUGAAACUUUCUGCACUGCUCUGGAAUAUGGCCUUCCUCCAACUGCAGGAUGGGGCAUGGGAAUUGACCGUCUCACCAUGUUCCUCACUGACUCUAACAACAUUAAGGAGGUCCUACUCUUUCCUGCCAUGAAACCUGAUGAUAACAAACCAGCCCCACCUGCAGAGGGGACUUCAGUCUAAUGGUUUUGUCUGCAGAGUAGUAAAUGUCAAGUUGACUGGUCAAGCAGAGAAUUUGACCAUCUUAGUACAACUUGAAUUGUCAUGGGUUUUGUUAUUAUCUGGAUGUCAAAAGAUCUUCUUCAAUAAGGGAAUGAUUUUCAACAUUACAUUUAUCCUCAAACACUCGGCUUAACUGAAAAAUAAUCCAUAUUGUUCAGUGGUGUCUGUAUUUUUUUCCUACAUCUGUUUCGUGGCUUGAAGUGACCAAGCAGAUGAAGAUUCAAAUUCAGCCACAUUUUAACUGUUGAUCAAGUUUUGUGUACACUGUCCAGCUGUCCCCUUUUUUAAUCUAAAUAUGGGCAAAAUCAUUCUGCCUGCAGAAAUAAAAUACCUUGGUGAACA